GUUCUACAAACAGAUGCACCGACUAUGGAGUUCCAUACAGGACAAGUAUUGAAGUUCUAUUUAGAGAUGUUAUCUGAGAAGGUUGGAUGGAGGCUAGAGAUUGGGUCUGUGCAUGAAAACCAGGAGUAGCCAAAUAGCAGGAGCAUGGGUGAACUCAAUCUUGCAUUCGAGUGGACCACUCGGCAGUAAUUGCUGCGUGGAACAAAGUCCGGUUAUAUCUUACGUCCUCAGAGAUUCCCGGAGAAUGAGAUCUGCACAUUCCGUUCAGCUAGUAAGGCAUCCUACUAAUUGCUUUGUCCAUCUAUAUUCAGGCGAUGAUGUAGACACUAGACAUUAGUAAGCGAACGUGCCACACAAGCGGAGUGAGAGUCUCCUGAUUCGAAGUGUUCCACAUGUCAAUUUCUGAAGCUGGAGCUUGAGGAGGCAGAGGUUGGGAUUUAGUUUCUGGAAUUGAAUUCGAAGUUCUCGGUGAACAUUGAAUACUUGGGUUGGUGGACAUGGCAGCUGUGAAUGCAGCGCCAAUUCGAAACUUGUCAUGCAUAUCCGCCAUUGGUGAAAAUUCUAUCCGUCCCGAGCGCCAGGCUAUCAAUUGCCUGCGGGAUAAACGUCAGAAAGGUCUGAGCAGGGGAAGAAUGAGAGUGCUAAGAGCACGGAAUGGGCGCUUUUGGACAUCCAGCAGACAGAGCUCCGGCUCAAGCUGGCGCUGGAGAAUCAGAAUGGAGAGAGCUGGAACUUCGAAGACAGAGUCUGACAAUUGCAUCCAAGAAACCCACGUCGAAGAUCCGCGCCCUCCUUUCAAUUUGGAUUUGGCUGUUCUUCUGGCAGGCUUCGCUUUUGAAUCUUACAAUGCUCCACGGAAAGAUGAAGGCGUGCGUGAGAUGGACUCGCAAUAUUGCGAAACAACAUAUCUCGCAAAGGAGUAUGUCCAGGCUCUAUAUGAAGGUCAACUUUGUGUAAAAGUGAAGACUGGUUCCCACUUUCCUGGAUUAGAUCUCUGGGGAACCAGCGAUCCUUAUGUUGUUUUGAAACUUGGAGACUGCAGAGCGCAGAGUAAAACUAUAUGGGCGACUAAGGACCCUGUCUGGAAUGAAGAACUCAAACUGAACGUGAAAGACCCAACAAAUCAGACUUUAAAGAUAGCAGCAUGGGAUGCCAACGUUGUAACAGCUCAUCGCAGGCUUGGAAACUCCGCUGUAAGUUUGGAAAGCGUUUGUGAUGGAAGAAUCCAUAAUUUGACGAUAGAUCUAGAAGGCAUGGGCGGAGGAGGAACUUUAAAUCUGGAGGUCCUGUAUAAAAGCUUUGCCGAGAUGGCAGCUGAGAAAGAUAAGUUCAAUUUGGCGAGACUUUUCAGAGUUGAUGUUCUAGAGAACGCUUUCAAAAGUGUGGUUGGAGAUAAUCAGAUAAGCGUCGGAGAUUUCUUGAAGAUCCUAUCCAAUCCAAUCCAAGAAAGGGACUCCGAGACUGAGCUAAGUAAAGAAGGGGAUCCCGUGACUGAGCUAAGUAAUGAAAUUUCCGAUACAAGGAUUACUAGCUCCGAAAGAGAGAAGAGCGCAGAAGUGCAAGGCAGUAAGGAUAGGGGUUUCGAAUGGAAUAUUUUCAAUACAGGAGUUCAAGAAGAAGAUCCGGGCAGGACACAAGAGCGAAGGAGUUCUACUGAGAUGGAGAAAUAUGACAAGGAUGACGAGGUGGCAUAUUGGAAAACAAUGGCUGACACUGUGUCAGAGAAAUUGAAACCUCUAGGGGUUGAUAUUUCGGGCGUGUUUACGGACUGGGAUUCUUCGAAAUUUGCUGAAGAUGUGAAAUCCUUUGGACUCGCCUCCCAGAGGAAGGCAGAGGAGGAGUAUGUCAAGCAAGGUCUGCUGUCCACUGAGGGCAGCGAAUUUUCUGAAAACGCGGAGGAGAACCAGAUUGAAGAACGAUCUCGUGCAUUUGGGUUGGAUUCCAUCAUGCGUUUAAAUCUAUCACCUCCACAAUCUGUUGAGAAUUUGAGGAAACAAACAGAUAAACUUCUCGGAGUCUGGGCAUUAUUCACCAAGUCUUCGAGACCUCUAUCAGAUGAGGCUAAUGAUCGAAAGGGACUUCCGAAUGCGGCAAACGGCGGUUCCUCACAAAGAAAAGACGAAGAGGAAAAUUCUGACGCCGGAGACAGCUCAUUGUGCUUGCAGCCCAAUGAGCAGAGCUCAAUGUUCAGCACUGCAGAGAGUGCUAUGGAAGCUUGGGCACUUUUGGCCACCACAAUGGGCGGAGUGAGCCUUCUCAAAUCAGAUUUUAAGAAGAUUUGCUUUGUAGAGAAUGCGAAGACAGACACCCAAGUUGCCAUAUGGAGAGAUCAAAGGCGGAAGAGAUUGGUCGUCGCCUUUCGAGGAACAGAACAGACGAAGUGGAAAGAUGUACUCACGGACCUGAGUUUGAUCGCAACUGGUUUUAAUCCUGAACGAGUGGAGGGAGGCUCGAAAGAUGAGAUCCUGGUACAUGGGGGGUUUCUCAGCGCUUACGACUCUGUGAAAGCUAGACUCCUCUCCCUUGUUCACUCAUCUAUUGAAAUUAGCGAGGAUGGCUCUGAAUCAGAUGAUUCAGAGGGGGCAUGGCAUAUCUAUGUGACUGGACACAGCCUCGGAGGUGCCUUGGCAACACUUUUCGCCCUGGACUUGGCAUCGUGUCACCUUGCAAAGGAGGGCCGAAUCCUCGUGACAAUGUAUAAUUACGGUUCUCCUCGGGUGGGGAAUAGUCCAUUUGCCGAAAAAUAUAACAAGACUGUUAAGGACAGCUGGCGAGUGGUGAACAACCGCGACAUUGUUCCUACAGUCCCUCGGCUCAUGGGCUAUUGUCAUGUUGCUCAACCCAUCUACCUCACCGCACAUGACGCCAACGUGAUGUCCGACCUCCUGGACGAUGGCUACAGAGGGGAUGUCAUCGGAGAAGCUACACCGGAUGUCAUACUGGGAGAGAUAAUGAAAGGCGAGCAGAGAGUGCUUCAAAAAUUACUGGACACAGAGAUCACCAUGCUGCGAGCCAUGCGAGAUGGCAGCGCAGUCAUGCAGCAUAUGGAAGACUUCUACUACAUCACAUUGCUUCAGCGUGUCGAAGCCAGGAUCUCGCACAGCAGAAAGCAAUGAUGUCGACGACGCGAUGCAAAUCGGAGCCUCGUCUUCAACUCUCUGGCUGACUUUCACCUCAUCCCCACAAGACGACACUGCUAGUUUAUAAUAUAAUUUAUGCUGUCUAGGUUAGUGCAGGAACGGGAAGCUGUGCUGCGCUGCAGCUGAUGUAUAGUCGACAUUGAGUCGAGAUAGAAGAGGGAUCGGAUCGGUACAGAAGAUGCUGUCCGGGGCAAAUGUACUCACCGUCGGCGAGAUUUCGAGCUCUGAUUCGUCAGCAUCUGCGGAUUAUGUAGAGGAGAGUUCGCCCAUGGAACUGGGUUUGCCUUUUAAGGAUUGUCGGGACUCUGAGCCCUCGACAGACGGAUGUGGUCCUUUGGGCCUUGCCUUGCCGGUCUGGUAGCCCGCCCGAUGGCCUGAUCCAGCGGAGGGUGGAUCCAAUCGAUGUGUUUAGAGAAUGCGUUGAUUCAGAUGGUGGAUUCGCACCCUUUCGCCGGAACGGAGUCACCGGUUGGAAUAAUUGUGAGAGCGACUGAAUUCCAUAUGAAAUUGAAAAAGGAAUCAAAGACUCUGUACAUCGAUCGACAUUCAUUUU